AUGACUCAAAAUCGGGGAGCAAUUCUAAAUUUGCUGCAGUGGCAAAAUACACCCAGAUCUGGCAGCGUGGGAUGCAAUCGUCGGUCAACUUCUGUUAAAAGAGAUUUCAUUCGAGAAAACAUACGGAAUGUGCAUCUACCAAUGGCGAAAGAACUCACUGGAGUCUCAUCCUCUCAAAUUCCUGAGUUGACCGACGCAGGACCCAGUAUCAUUGAAAGGUACCUUAGCGAUAUUGGUCUUAACCAGGAUCAGGCAACUCAGACGGAGUUUCGUAAUAAUGACAGCAGGCUAGAUCAACACAGGAAACCCACUACCUUCAAUGAGUGCACUCAAAAUGAGAUACACAACAACUCAUGUGCGGAUUGUUGCUCUACUAAAAGUCCAAAGAAGCAAGGCGAAUUCUUGAGAGCUCACGAAAAAACCGGUCAGUCGGACACAAAGAUGGCUCUAAGUGAAAUCCCGAUCAAAACAUCAGCUCGAGCACUUUCUCUUUCAAAGGUGAACGUGCCCAGGGCCUCCUCCGCCAAAGAUACUCAACUUACCCGGGGGAACCUCAACUACAUACGUGCUAAUGCAAAUGCUGUCUCCAACGGUUGCGUGUUAGAUCGACGAUCUACCGACAAGCAAUCCAAGCGUUCCUCAAGUUUACAGAGGGCAAAUUUUGGGAAGCUACCACCUUAUCUCCUCCGAAGAAAGAAAGAAGAGGAAAAGGCGGCAGCUAGGAAGAAGGCUGAGGAAAGAAGUACAACGCCUCCAGGUUACAGAAGAAUGUCGGAAGAGGAAAGAGGAGAUACGCUGCGCUCUCUUGAAGAGGCACACGCCAAAACUUUGGAGGGACUUACUCGUGCUCCGAUUCAUAUGUCUACAAAUGGUGCUCGGAAUCUCCGAGCACGACUAGAAAAUCGUCUAUCUGACCUCGAGGAGAUGAUCAGCGUCUUCCGCAAACCCGUUGUUUUCAUAACACUCAACUAA